GCGGGGUGCCGCGGCAAAAGCGGCCCGGUGCAGCAGCCCGCCCGCGGGCGGGGGCGUCGCGCCGCGAUGCUGGACCCGGACAGCGGGCUCUCCCUCACCAUAGCGCGGAUCGUGCAGCGGCUGAAGGGCUCCAGCCUCCACUCCCAGCUGGAGCGACAGGCCCGGGUUAGCCUACACAAACCAGAAAUUAAACUGGAAUCACUAAAAGAAGACAUUAAGGAUUUUCUGAAGACAUCAGGUUGGGAAAAGAAGCUUCAGAAUGCUGUUUAUAGCGAACUCAAUGUGUUUCCUUCGCCCUGCCAUCCUGCAGCACCACCUGAGCAUAUGAAAGAACCAUUAGCUUAUAUGAGGAAAGCACAGGGAAGCUGGGAGAAGCGAAUCCUAAAAAGUCUAAACAGCAUGUGCACAGAACUUGGUAUCCCAUUAGCGCAGAAGAGGCCUGUUAGUGAACAGAAAGAACUGCUUAAUAAAUGGAAUGAAAUGGGAACUGAUGAGCCAGAUCUAAGUCUCUUCCGCCCUGUUUAUGCACCUAAAGAUUUUCUUGAGGUACUGAUGAAUCUUCGAAACCCAAAUUAUGAAAAUGGAGAACAGCCUAGUUUCAGAAAUCAUCUGGGGCUAAUUCAGGUUCCUCUAAAAGUUAAAGAUAUCCCAGAAUUGAAAGAAGACUUCAGUGAACUAGGCUUAAAUAUAGGACAGCUGGGUAUUGAUGAUUCAGCACAAGUGCCUCCUGAGUUCUUUGAAAAUGAACAUGUACGUGUUGGACAGAAAGUUUUAGCAGAGCAAGAUAGUGCUGCAGCUCAACAGUAUGUUCGUCAGGGAUGUCCAACAGCACUCCGAGCUGAUCUGUGGGCCCUCAUUCUCAAUAUUUCUAAUCAGCCAGAGGAUAUCUUGUAUUAUGAACAGCUUAAAUCAAAUGUGAUUCAGCACAACCUUUUAGUGGACAGUCUGAUUUACAAAGAUGUAAAGCUGACAGCAAGCAACGAUGACUACUAUUUUGUAUUUGAGGAUUAUUUAUAUCAGGUAUUACUUUGUUUUUCCCGAGAUACGUCUGUAUUGGAGCACUUUACUUACAGUAGUGCCACCCCACCCAAAUCAUACAUACGAGGAAAACUCGGAAUGGAAGAAUAUGCUGUUUUCUAUCCUCCAAAUGGUGUAAUUCCUUUUCAUGGCUUUUCUAUGUAUGUUGCUCCACUUUGUUUUCUGUACCAUGAACCUUCCAAAUUGUAUCAGAUAUUCCGUGAGAUGUAUGUGCGUUUUUUCUUCAGACUUCAUUCCAUCUCUUCUCAUCCCUCUGGCAUUGUAUCGUUGUGUUUGCUGUUUGAAACUCUUCUACAAACUCAUCUGCCCCAGCUCUUCUAUCACCUUCGAGAAAUUGGGGCUCAGCCGCUACGAAUUUCAUUUAAAUGGAUGGUACGAGCAUUUUCUGGUUAUUUAGCUACAGAUCAGCUCUUACUUCUGUGGGACCGGAUCCUGGGAUACAACUCCUUAGAAAUUCUUGCUGUCCUGGCAGCUGCCGUGUUUGCUUUCCGAGCAGUCAACCUGAUGGAGGUGACAUCACUGGCUGCAGCUGAAGUAAGGAUAAGUUUCGUUUGGAGGAGAUUGAAAUAGUUUCUGAUGCUUCGCCAGCAAGAGUAACUUAAGCUUCACAUGGCACGUGGCUGUGCUUGCUGACCUUUCAACCCUGAAAGUUAUGCCUCUUCUUCAAAUCUUCUUGUUUGCUACUGUCACUUGAUCUGCUUCAGCCAUACUGGUACCACAAUUUCAGCCUUUCUUGAGAAGCUAAUCAUCAACUAUGCAAUAUCUGCAUAAAACCAAAAUUAAGCUGUAUGUACAAUAUUAGUUUAAAAAUCAUGACCUUAAAUUUUUCUUACUGAAAACAGUAAUUUUGCACACGAGUGUGGGCAGUGCAUGCUACUGAAUUUCACCAUAGCAGCAAUGGUCAUUACUGUACAUUGAGAAUGUCUACCUGUGGAACUUAACAAUAUGAAUCAGUGUCUAAAAUGCAUGUAAUAUUAAAUUAAAUAAAGUAAAUGUAAUUUGUGAUCUGA